AUGAUGAUAGUUGAUGCCACUCUACCUGAAGAGGUUGGCAAAAACAACACAGAAUGCAUUAAACACGACAGGUAUGAGACUGGAACCGUUGUAGAAUACGAGUGCAACCAGUAUUAUAUUCUCAAGGAAUCACGGCGUCGGAUUUGCAAAACGAACGGACAAUGGAGUGGAAGAAAUCAAUUCUGUGAGCCGGGUGGAAAACCUUCAGGAAUUGGAAAGUGGCCUUGGCAAGCUGCCAUUUAUGACAUCAAAAAUGAGCUCCUCAUUUGCGGAGGGGCUCUCAUACGAGAAGACUGGGUUCUGACCGCCGCUCAUUGCCUCGCCGUGGAUGGUGCUACACGACCUCGGCUCAAAGAAGAUUUCCUCGUUUAUUUAGGAAAACACUACCGUAAUGACUCCUUUGACGACGAAUUUGUAGAAAAUAGGAAGGUUUCUAGGGUCAUCCUUCACAGUGGCUUCAACCGAUACAACUACGACUCUGACAUUGCCUUGUUGAAACUAAGCCACCCGGUAGAGUUGACCGAGCGGGUGCAAUUGAUAUGCCUCCCGACAUAUCAGUUCCUUCACUUCUCCGAGGCAAAUCUUGAUAAUGGAAAUAGAGGAUGGGUGGCUAGUUGGGGUGCAAAUGGUUCGGAUAUCCUCAGUGAUGUAUUGACGGAGAUUGAAAUUCCAGUUUUAUCAAAUGCCAACUGUCAUAGAGAGACCAUAAAACGAAUGGGGAAAGGCGCCACACAAAGACUUAACUCGCAGUCUUUUUGUGCCGGCCACGACGAGGAAGCUUCUGAAGAUUUCCAAAUGGUGUGUCCUGGGGAUUCAGGAAAUCCGAUGGUCUUCUAUACUCAGGCCUUGAGGCAAUGGCAGAUUGAAGGAAUCGUGAGCGACACUCUCAGCAAGGGGCUCUGCUCCAGGAAGCGUCUAGGCGAAUAUGGCAUUUUCACUAGAGUCAACCGGUUUCUGGAUUGGAUCCUUCGAAAGAUUGAUGACGCACGAUGAGGACCUCUGAUUAUUCCCUAGAAUGUCAUGAGUUUCACUCAUAACUUGUACUAUGCAAAAUAAAAAUAAAAAACAUUAUCCACGUUAAAC